UCUGCCCCAGAGACCACAAGUAUGAAUACCACAGACAAUGGUGUCAACUGUCUAUGUGCUAUAUGUGGGGACAGAGCAACAGGAAAACACUAUGGAGCAUCCAGCUGUGACGGGUGCAAAGGCUUCUUCAGGCGCAGCAUACGCAAGAGUCACGUGUAUUCCUGCAGGUUCAGUCGGCAAUGUGUUGUUGACAAGGACAAAAGGAAUCAAUGUAGAUACUGUCGAUUAAGAAAGUGUUUUAGAGCAGGAAUGAAAAAAGAAGCUGUGCAAAAUGAACGUGACAGAAUCAGCACCAGGAGAAGCACUUUUGAUGGCAGCAACAUCCCCUCCAUUAACACGCUGGCGCAGGCGGAGCUCCGGUCUCGCCAGAUUUCAGCUUCAAGCCCUGGUGCGAGCACGGACAUAAACGUUAAGAAAAUUGCCAACAUUGGUGAUGUCUGCGAAUCUAUGAAACAGCAGCUCUUGGUGUUGGUGGAAUGGGCAAAAUAUAUCCCGGCCUUCUGUGAGUUACCACUGGAUGAUCAGGUGGCCCUGCUGAGAGCUCAUGCAGGGGAACAUUUAUUGCUUGGAGCUACAAAGAGAUCCAUGAUGUAUAAAGAUAUUUUGCUUUUGGGCAACAACUACAUUAUUCAGCGGAACAGCUGUGAAGUUGAGAUAAGCCGUGUGGCCAACCGAGUUCUAGACGAACUGGUCCGACCAUUUCAGGAAAUCCAGAUUGAUGACAAUGAAUAUGCUUGUUUGAAGGCAAUUGUAUUUUUUGAUCCAGAUGCAAAAGGACUAAGUGACCCAGUGAAGAUUAAGAACAUGCGGUUUCAGGUGCAGCUGAGCCUGGAGGACUACAUCAACGACCGGCAGUACGACUCCCGGGGCCGGUUCGGGGAGCUGCUGCUGCUGCUGCCCACGCUGCAGAGCAUCACCUGGCAGAUGAUUGAGCAAAUUCAGUUUGUCAAACUCUUCGGGAUGGUGAAAAUUGACAACCUGCUGCAGGAAAUGCUACUGGGUGGUGCUUCCAAUGAUAUUAGCCAUGUCCAUCAUCCAAUGCAUCCACAUUUGUCUCAAGAUCCAUUAACUGGACAAACCAUACUUCUAGGCCCUAUGUCAACACUGGUUCAUGCAGACCAGAUCUCAACUCCUGAAACCCCACUCCCUUCUCCACCACAAGGCUCUGGACAAGAACAAUACAAAAUAGCUGCAAACCAAGCUUCGGUUAUUUCACACCAGCCUCUCUCCAAACAAAAACAAUUGUGAGGAUAUGUUUACUUCUGAACAGCACUGAAUAAAUGUGAAAAAUUACUGGUCUUGAAAUAUCUCAGGAUAGUGCUUUUGGCAAACGCUUAGCCAAGGCUUCUUCGUGGUGCUGUUGUAAGAUUGUAACUUAUUUUCUUGUUUUUAGGCUCAGUUUAUUUGUUGUUGCUAUUGUCUGAAACCUUCAGUUGCAACCACUGUAUUAUUUGAGUUUUGAUGUGUUUGUAUCGUAUGAUUUUUCCAACUUCCCUAGCACUGUACCUUAAGUGAUUGAAUCUUAUGUACUAUUUUCAUUUGUUGCCUUAAUAUUAAUUUAAACCUGUAAAUAAUUGCUUCAUCAUGAUGUCAUGCAGAACUAAGUGUUCUUUUUUGAUUGGGAAUAUUAGAUCAGAAAUCUCAGAUUAAUAUACAAUGAACCAAGUUUUUAGUAAGUUUUAAACUAGCAAAUUAGAAAAAAAAACACAGAGUUGCUACAGAAUAAGUCAUAGAUAUUUGAAAAACAAUUACAGUUAAAUAUGCCUAUCUCAAGUUUAGAAAAAUAUAAAUAGCCAUUCCAAGAAUGGCUGGAUAUUCUUUCAAAUUUGACUAUAUUUAAAGAUGUAUGCUAUCAUUAAAGAUGUUAGUUUUAGCAGAUGAGUUACAGGCUAAACUGUAAAAAGAAAUCCCUAAAACAGUGUAUCAACCAAGAGAGAAGUUUAUUUCUCGCCCUAAAACAAUAUGGAAGUUUCCACGGACUAAAACUUGGCACAUGCCCACAUCCAGCUUCCAUGGAGACUGGGAGAGUAGGAAGGAAGCCUUAUGUGAACCAAAAUUACAACUCUGGGAGGCUGAUAUUGGGAAACAAUUUAGCCAUCUUUCUAUCACACAUAUGUUGCCUCAUUUUGUCCUCACAACAACCCUGAAUGAGAGAUAUUAUUAUCUUUCUGUUAAAAAUAAAGGAAUCUUUAGUUUAGAGUGUUUAAGUAACGUAAACAAAGUUCAUAAACUAAAGAGCAGGAGAGCCACAUUUAAGCCCAGGUCUGGUUGACUUUCAUGCGAAUAAAUAUAUUUUUGGUGUGGGAUGAAAAAUGUGAGCUUCUUGCUUUGGUUCCUAAACAUAUGCAAUUGACCGCUGAUCUAAUGCUAUCUCUUAUGCUACCUAUUACACAUAUUUACAUGUAAGCAGUGAGUGUCAAAUCGUUGUAGCAUAAUAACUUUUGUUCUUUUGUACUUAGAAUAAGAGUCUUACCCCUUAAAAAAUUUUUUUAACAAAUAAAAGAAAAUAAAAGCUACACCAGUUGGGUUAUCAUGUAAACAAAAAACAAAUUCAAAUCAUUAACUAUCAUAUUUUCAAAAAUCCAGCAACCUAGGGAUAUACUAAAUGUCUAAUUCUGA